UCUUUUGGCCAUUCGGCACUCGUGUGUGCGGUGUUUAGACAAAGGCGAACAGAAGAAGGGGUGAAAAAAGAGGAAAACAGACGAGGAAUGAAAGAACGGUGAAGAGGAGGAGUGUCGAUAAAGAGGAGCCUCCUGCCCCCGGUCACAUGGUCAGGCUGUGAUGUGUCUUUAAUGCCCUCCAUGCCCAUAUGAGAAGGGAGUCUUAAAAGAGAAGAGCAGACGCUUUGAGAGAGAAGUUUUCUAGGAAGCAUGGCUUCCGUCAGCAGUGAAGGCCUGGAUGGAAGACUGGCACACAUUAAGGAAGAGGAUUGUGAGUGGGGUGCAUUAGCACAUUUGUGUGUGAAAUCGGAGGACCAUGAAAGCAAAGUUUCAGUUUUUCAAGAGGAGGCGUCUGAAGGGGAGAUUGUUCAGGUUAAAGUUGAGGAUUCGGAAGAGUUCUCAGUUAGUUUUGAACUGCCAGACCAUGAGAGGGGGAAUCUUUCCAAGCAAGAUGUCUCUGAAGAGUUUCAUUCCAGUUUACAGCCCUGGCCCAGCCAUACUGGACAACUGGCUACCUGGCAGAAUUCUGUGGAACUGAAGUCGGAGGAGAAAAUCACUGAAGGAAAUGGGAAAGAAGCAGAAGAGCAGCCUUCAUCUGGGAGUGUUGGAAUAAAUUCACAGGAGAAUGGCAGUUUCUCACUACCUUCAUUUGCGCUGAAACCUUCACAAGUUCAUACCGGAGACAAGCCGUAUUGCUGUUCUGAAUGUGGUAAACCAUUCUCCCAAGAAAGCCAUCUUCGACGCCACAAAAAAUGCCACACUGCAGAGAAACGUUUUUGCUGUCCAGAAUGUGGCAAAUGUUUUCUUAAAAAUAACAGUCUUCAAAAACACAUCAUAAUUCACACUGGAGAGAAACCCCAUGGCUGUUUGGAAUGUGGUAAACGGUUCUCGCAAAUAAGUCAUCUUCAGAGCCACCGAAGAAUUCACACUGGAGAGAAACCUUUCUGCUGUUCGGAAUGUGGCAAAGGAUUCUCUGACAGUAGCACUCUGCGAAAGCAUAUUCGACUUCAUACAGGGGAGAAGCCAUUUCGCUGUCCAGAAUGUGGUAAACAGUUCUCACAACUUAGCAAUCUGAACAUCCACACAGUAUUCCACACCGGAGAGAAACCCCAUAUAUGUCUGGAAUGUGGCAAGCGAUUCUCACUACUAAGACAUCUGCAGAGGCACACAAUAAUCCACACUGGGGAGAAACCUUAUUGCUGUUCUGAAUGUGGCAAACGAUUCUCACAAAUAAGCAAUCUUCAGAUCCACAAAAGAAUCCACACUGGGGAGAAACCUUAUUGCUGUUCAGAAUGCGGCGUACGAUUUGCCAAAAACAUCACUCUUCAAAAACACAUAUUGAUCCACAUUGGAGAGAAGGUGUGAAAGUACUGGGAUCAACAGGACUAAUAAAGAGAAACGAUCAGGUCCAUUUUCACGUUCUACCGAAAACUCUAACCCCAGAUGAAUUGCCCUGUUAGGAAAA